CGGUCACACUUGGAGGUGCUCCAAGCUUUCUGCAUUUGUCCGUUUCCCUUUCUACACUCCAAAUAAUAUCCAUCUCAAAGCUAUCUUGCGUUCUGUUUUCGGUAUUGUAGGGGUAAUUUAUAUCCUCUACCGCAGGAAAUGUCUGACGCCUCGACAACCUUUGCAAGCCUGAUGGCUAUUACCAAACGACGCGGUCUUGUUGGGGUGGUAAUCUGCUUUGGCUUGUUGAUGUUGCUUUUCCAGCGAGCGGACUCUGUCCCUACAGUCACUAGGUACGCUUUGGGUAGGAGCCACCACGAAGACGUCUACAAUACCACGUUAGGAUUCCAGAAAGUCUUCACAAUCAGCCUGCAAGAGCGCACAGACAAGAAAGACCUGAGCACCCUGGCUGCAUCAUUUGCAGGCUUCCAGGUUGAAUACCUGCCAGGAGUGCGCCCAGAUGACAUAGCAGAUCAAGCAAUUCCAUCGAACUGGGACACUGGACAGCGCAACCCAGGAGCGCUUGGCUGUUGGAGGGCUCAUAUGAAUGUCCUCCAAAAGAUCAUUUCUGAGGGUAUCCAGUCUGCAUUGAUCACCGAGGACGAUGCGGACUGGUCUCCAUUCCUGAAGGAUCAAUUAUUCGAGAUUGCCACUGGAUCAAGGGCACUUCAGAAUUCGCCGGACUCCACGCCUUCGCCUUACGGUCAUAAUUGGGACUUUCUAUGGCUAGGACAUAACCGUGUUGGCCCCACGGAUUCCAAGCAAGAAUUCUGGGUCAUUGAAAAUGACUUCACAGUACCUCCUCCAUCUCACCGUAAUUCAAGGUGGCGGCAAACGCAUGUACCGGACGAAGUUACCCACAACGACACUCGUCUAUUCUUUCGGGCGUAUGCUGGCAUGUGCUUAUACGGUUAUGCAGUUACUUACGAAGGUGCAAGGAAGAUGCUAUCUUCUAUGUCAGUGCAGCCUCGUAAUCAGCCCGUUGAUCAAAGUGUUUCAGACAUGUGUCGCGGCAAGAUGGCAAAAGGUUUCGAUUGCUACGCGGUGUGGCCGCCCUUGAUGUCAACACACCGUGCAGCUGGAUACACGUCACAGGAUUCCGACAUUAAUCCCCACGAAAAGGGAGACUGGCAUGAUGAAUAUACAUUUGAUAUCCCCUUUAGCACCAUGAUCAAUAUUCCGCGAUUGGUGGAUGGAGCGUCAUCUAUUGUAUCACAGUGGAACGAUACAGAAAUUCAAGAAGUCCCUUGGGAUCCAUCAGCCAGACGUUCUCCAACUGGUUAUCUGAAGCAAUUUCACCUUGGAUCCCUGCCGGCUACAGCAAAGCUCAAUGGAGAAAAGAUCGUAGCACCCUAAUGAGACCUCUGUGUCCGAUCUACCUGACUACUAGAUUCACCCAUAGCUUGCCACAUCCGAACAUCAAUGUACCUUUAGCUUAAUUUAAUAAGUUGCCGUACGGGAUUAU